GAGGUGGGUGCUCCUCACCUCCCAUAAAUCAAAAGCAAUUCCUUGUGGUGCACAGAGCUAGAGCAAGGAACCGGGAGGAAAAGCAAUCCCAUGGUGUACAGAUCACCAAACCAAUAUUCAGCUGCUAACAAAAUAAUCUCAAGUUCGCUUCAGCAUUUCUCAGCACCAGCCCCUUCUUACAGUGAGGCUUUCGAGGAGCUUGGGUGACCUUGCUCCGUCUUCACCUUUUCGAGAACCUCAGGGAAAGGCAAGCAGCCGAACCCCAAACAACCUGGGCAGCGUUUUGUUAUUGCCAGCCUGAAAUAUCUCAGAUGCUGUCAUGCAUGAUACCACCGCACAGAUUCGUUUGUGAAUACGCUGUCCAACUCAAAUAAACUUUGGCUUCGUUUUGGAAUCGAUCUGCGAAUGGAGGAGCUUGCCAUUUCCAUGGGCAGCCGACCCUCCCGCAGGAAUUUAACCCUCCCUGGCCUGGCCGCCCAGCCCAGACACAAUGGUUUUGCUCAGGCAACACAAGAUGCGUGUGCCCUUCUGUGCACCAUAAGGAGGGGCAGGACAGCUCUCCGUGUCACCAGCCCCGAGAUGAACACAGCACCGACACCUCGCAGCCCCAGCCUGGCUCGCAGCCAGGCAGGGAGAGCGGGCUCAGCCAGCCCCAGCUAUCCAAAUGCUGCUGCUUUAAAAAGGCUCUUUGCCGGCUGCAGUCAAAGCCACGCUAUGCCUAACGUCACCGAGUAACAGAAAUAGCAGGCGUGAGUGAAGGGAGGAGAAUGAGAGUAUUAAGAGCGCACAGAUUUCAAACAUACUUGGAGAGGUAGCACGCUCCCUUCCUGCCGCUGCGUUUCCAGAUGCGACGGAGCACGGGGGAGCUGGCGUUGUCUUCCCAUGAAGAAGGAUUCUCUUUUUUUAUUCUUUCCUUUUUUAAUUUUCGUUUUUUGAAGUUUCAGCUUUAAAACUACCAGCUGCAUUUUUAUUCCGUUUCUUGUAGGAAACUUCACCUGCUGGAUUUAAAAGCAAGGUUUGAGCAGGAGGAAUUCCUUUAUGUUCGUAGCUACCGGAACGUGCACGGUGCCCCUCGGUGCUGAUAACGUAGAAGAAAAGGCAGGAAUGGCUGAGAAAAUUGCUUAGACCGUAAGAUGCUUUGAAUGGCUGCUUGGAAGAGCAGGCUCUUUAUUGUGUGUGUCUGCAUGUGUUUGUGUGUAUGCAUGCAUGUUUGAGUGCAGCAAUGCCAAUAACUUUAAAGCAAUGCAAGGUUUCCCCAAUCUGUACAAUUUUCGUCCUCUAGGAACGAGGACCUGCCUAGCUGCGAGCUCUGCCUGCAGAUAGCUGGAGUGUUUGAAUUGAAUUAGCACUGUAGUGAUUUUAUGAAUGAAGCAAAAUGCAGGUUCGGUGGAGGAGCAGAACAGGCAGCUGCGGUGCGGGAGCUCUCUCUAGCAGGAGCUGUCACACAGGGACAGGCGCCGAUGAGCACAGGCACGACACAAACCUGCUACAACUGCCCAGAGCACAAAGUAAGGCAGCUGCAAGGAACCAGCACCUGGGCCAUGGAAACGUGCUCCUGAAAACAAGCUAGCAUAAAUCCAACCGAGCCCGAGAGCUGCAUGUCACUGGAGCUGGGCUUAGCUGGAGCAACCCAUGCAGAGCCAUUCCCUUCCAACAAAGCCUGCUGGUGACCGUGUGGCAGAGGAGCAGGCAGAGCCCCCGAGCAUCUGCGUCUCCUCCACGCGUUGACGCUUGUGCUGCCAGCACAGCUCGUACAGGAGCGUGGAUAAGGCAGAUGAUGAGGGAGCCAGCCGGUGCGUGGAUGGGCUGGCUGCACAUGCCCAAAGACAAGCAGGAGGGAUUGCACAGCAUGGCAGGGAGAAGACAGAUUUGGGUUUGGAGGGUCCAGAAAAGCUGAGUGAAGCUGAUAGAGAUCAGCCGAGAGAAGCAACCUCCCAAAGAACUGACCACUGCCGGACCACGCUUCAACUCUCCCCCUCAGAUGUCUGUACCCAAGCGACAUGAGGGGGUAGAUGGGCUCCGUGUAGUGUUUCUGCCUUUUUUGCACCCAUAUCCCAACUGUUAAGGAAGGAGAAAUCUGUCUGUGCUAGGUUGCCCUCUUUUCUGCAGACUUUCUGCAUGACAUCUCCAAAGCAUCCAUCACCUGAGCUCACAGCACAACCCACAGCUUGCGCUACGUACAGAAAAUGCCUUUUUUCUCCAUCACUUGACAGUUGGAAACUGCAGGUCACGACAUAGCAGGAGCUUCUCAUUCAAGGAAAGCUGUUCAGGGAAAGCACUGCAGAAAUGCCAGAGUUUGUCAUCUAUUCCCUGUGAUACAUUCCCUUUAGCUGCAAAUGGUAAAUACAGGGUUUGUUUUCCCUUUUGCAUCUUGGACUCCUUCAUGUUAAGAGCUUAGCAAAGAGCUUAUCAGCAAAUGCACUAUGAAUUUAGGAAGGAUACUUUUCUUCCCCAACCCCAAACUAACUUUAAAGAUUGCAGCAAGUGGUUCCAAGUAUCUGCAUGCUCUCUCACCUCUUUUCCAUGCACACUAAAAAAAGUCAUUCCUCAGAGUUGUGCUCUCGUAAUGACGGCAUAAGCCUUGCAUGAGCGGCUUCAAUGCAGACCUUUGGUACGUGCAGGCAGUAAAGAUGUACUCAGGGACAGGUAGCUUCUGAACAAUAGGUUGUGUUGCUCUGACAGAUUCUAAUCUGUUGGUUUCUGAUGUCUUCCCUCUAGUGGAUGAGACCCUACUGAGCAAUGGUUCACCAUCUCCCAGCAGUUGCGUUUCUCAGAACAGGAAGAACAGCUCUCCAAAAACCUGUGGCAUGAGCAAAGCCUCUGGCAUUCAAAGGCCAGGAGGAUGUCCCUAACUGACGAGCUGGAGAGCCACUUCUCCGCAACCCCCUACAUGGUGACAGACACCAGCGAGAGCAGCCUGUUCAGAAUCAGACCCAAUGCCUCCACCAAUGCCACUGGAGCCGGCGUGGCUGCCACCGGUUCCAUGGAGGACAUGAUCGCCAUCUGCACCAUCGGGACCAUCCUCUCCUUGAUGUGUGUGAUUGGGGUGACUGGCAACGUCUACACCCUGCUGGUGAUGUGCCACUACUUGCGGUCAUCUGCCUCCAUGUAUAUUUACAUCAUCAACCUCGCUCUGGCAGAUCUCCUCUACCUUCUCACCAUCCCCUUCAUCGUUGGGACCUACUUCAUCCAGAAAUGGUACUUUGGGGACGUUGGCUGUCGCAUCCUGUUCAGCCUGGACUUCCUCACCAUGCACGCCAGCAUCUUCACCCUUACAGUCAUGAGCACAGAGCGCUACUUUGCUGUGCUGAAGCCCCUGGACACAGUGAAGAGGUCCAAGAGCUACCGAAAGGCCAUUGCUGUUGUCAUCUGGCUGGUAUCGCUGCUGCUCACUCUCCCAAUGCUCAUCAUGAUCCAGUUGGUGCAAAGGGACAACAAAAGCAUCUGCCUGCCCACCUGGAGCAAGCUGUCCUACAAAGUCUAUCUCACCAUCCUCUUUGGCACCAGCAUCGUGGGGCCAGGGGUAAUCAUUGGCUACCUCUACAUCCGACUAGCUAAGAUUUACUGGGUGUCGCAAACAGCGUCCUUCAAGCAGACCAAGCGGCUGCCGAACCAAAAGGUGCUCUAUUUAAUCUUCACGAUCGUGCUGGUGUUCUGGGCUUGCUUCUUGCCCUUCUGGAUAUGGCAGCUCCUCUUCCAAUAUUACGAAUCCUUCCCUUUAUCUCCCAAGGUGAUGAAGAACAUUAAUUACCUGACAACCUGCCUGACCUACAGCAACAGCUGUAUCAACCCCUUCCUCUACACCCUGCUCACCAAAAACUACCGGGAGUACCUGAAGAACAGACAGCGAACCCUCAGCAGCAGCAGUGGGUACUUCCAAAGGAGGAAUCGGUUUCAGAGGAUUUCGGGGAGAUCCCUGUCCACAAGCAGCCAGCACUGCACAGAGACAUACGUUCUUGCUCAUGCUCCUUUGGGAAACAGCAGUGCCUGAAGGUAAAAUGCAUCUCGAAGAACAAUCAAUAUUGACUUUGAUGUUGCUUUGAUUUAAAGUGUACACUGUAAAGGCAAAGCCUUAGCAGCUCCAUGAUGUGCACACAUUUAGUCCAGAGGCUGUGCCAUUUGUCCGUUCUCAUUUCCUCCAGUGCCACUGAUUUGAAGCUCGCAAAUAGCCUUUCGCUUUUCAUCUUUAUAUUUUAUAGUGUGUGUCUCCUCAAGUAGCUAUGAAUAAUGAAAACCUAUUAUAGGGCCAUGUUUUUUAAUAGUAUCAGCUGUCUCACAGCGUUUAAAAUUGUUAUCCCGUGAAUGGCUGUAGUUUGUUCUUUUUAAAGCAGUAAUGCUAGAUUAAUACUUGUAUGAGAACUGAAAACAAUGAAAUAAAGACAAAGUGGCUGAUGGCUGUAA